UUUGCCCACGGGGCGGAGGCUGGGCCUGAGCCGCUUUCCGCUGGGUUCGCUCUGGCCCCGGGACGCUGGCCCCACCCCGGUUGCCUAGGCGACCAGGGCCGUUGCUAUCCCGCGACAUCAUGGAGACUUCCUUGGGGACGACCCCUGUGGGAAGCACGCCCGAGGCGGAGAAAGAUACUGAAUUGCAAGAGCAUGAAAAGAUUUUGUCUUCCGAUUUUCUUUCAAUGGACCAAAUCACUGAUUUGCUAAAAGAAAAUGUAGAUGGAAUUCAAGAAAAAAUGGGCACAUUUUUGAAUUUCAGACAUCUUCAAACUUGUUUAAAGGAAGGCAUUCUACUAGAUUAUUAUGUGUCUGGAUUUUUGUGGGCUAAAGGAAUGGAAUUUUCUAUUACUCAAUAUUCAAAAUUUAUGACUUUACUGGAUAUGUUGCUUCAUAAUCUUAGAACCCUACAUAUGUCCCUAGAAGACAGCAUAAAGUGGCUUGGGGAAGUUAUGGCUGAAAUUGGACCAAUCCAGUCACAAAAAAAUGAGGAACAGAAUGUCUUUAAUAUAGAACAAGCCAAUGCUAUCAUUGAUUACUUAAAAAUCAGCUUAUUUCAACAUUACAGACUGUAUGAGUUUCUGUUCUUCUCUACCAGGGAAGAAAUUGUGAUAGGAACUGAGCAAGUGAUAGAGGUUGUCAAGACUUCAGUCCACCCAUUCCCAGAGCCUCUGGUAGAAGGAAUCUCAUUUGAUAUUCAUUCAACAUUCAUAGAGCCACCCUCAACCUCAGAUAUGGAAAUGAAGGGGUUGGAUCAAGAACAAGGCCCUGAGCACUCCCAGUCAGAAUCUGACACUUCAGACAUGGAUCCUUUAGUUGGCUUCACCAUUGAAGAUGUAAAAUCAGUCCUGGCUCAAGUCACAGAAGACAUUUUAAAAGGCAUUCAGACCGAGAUAAACGAAAAGCUGCAAAUACAGGAAGAGGCCUUUAAUACACGUAUAGAAAAAUUGAAAAAGGCCUGAGGACUCAGAACAAGAAGAGUGAUGCUAAACUUCACAGAAACAAACAAAACAAGCCAGAAUAAUAGAUUCUCUCAAGCAUCACAUCUCCUUCAUUUAGUUGUGAAAGGAAAACCAAGCCCGACUUUUUACUAUCCUAAGUAAUUAGAAUAGUAUUGGCCCCAAUUUUGCCAUCUCCUAUCCCAUAACAACCUCUGAAUUUAUUGCACUGCAUGUAAUGAAAGUGUUUUGUGUACAAGAGUUUGGAGAAAUUAUAUAUAAAAAUAUAAUUACUUUUCUGAUAGUCCUUUUACAUUUUGACUAAUAAACACUAUUCAUCUUUUCAUCUUCAAUAAGAAUGACGCCAACAUUUCUAAAUAGCCAGAAAUAAAGAAAAAUAAUAAUAAUUUUAUCCAUAUUGAUCCAAAUGAACUGUCACAUUACUGGAGUACUGUGAAAAGAUUUCAGUAUCACACAGUCGAAGACAAAACUUGCCAAACAAUGACAAUUCAAAUGCAUAUACGAAGGGAUUUUUUUUUUUACUUAAAUCAUUUGGUUUUCUUAUUUAAACGUUUCAGUGUGAAACCAAUUUUCUGAAAUUAUAUAAUGCAGUUUGAAGCAUUUUAAUUUAUUCUGAACUGUAUUUGUUAUUUCUAAUCUUGUUACUCUCCCUGGAGAAUACAUGACCUAUAUAAAAAGAAGCAAUGUAUAAACGGUUAUUAAAGACCAACCUAUAUAUAGAUUGUAAAAAUCUUAAAUACAAAUCAAACUCACACAGCUCCUAAAAUUAACCAUUUUAUUGCAGUGCAAUAAUUGAACAAUAUCUCACGUCUUUAAAUACCCUUUUGAACAUAAAAUUUCAAAAUAAAAAUAGCCAUGAGCCCAGUGAUUGUUCCUAGUUAGACUAAUUAAUUACUGUCUAACCCCCUUCCAAAGUUUUUGGACUUCAGAGUAUUCUGGAAUGAGGGCACAGUGUGGCUAGGAGAGGGUGAUUUCUCAAAAUUUUCCAAAUGCGUCUGGGUAGCACUUCGUUGAAUAUGGGUGAUACCCUUGCCUUUUCCAUUGGUAUCAAAGGAACUGCCCCAAAUAUAUUCAUCUGGGACAGAAACAGACCUGGCAGCUUUGGGUCAUUUUCUAACUAUUCUGAGUAAGUAUAGUAAGCAUAGUCAUAAACCAUGUUUAUUAUUCAUUCAGCUCCAAGGCUGGGUGACUAGAGAUGUGUUUCUUCCCUGACCUGUCCUUCCUGAAUAAAAACUUUAAGGGCUGUAGGAGACCAUUAGGAGGGCUCCUAAGUCUAGAUUCUCUCAGCAGUCUUUUCUCCUGGGAAAGAGUGAAACUGGGGUAACCGCAAACAGGGAAUAAAUCUUCUAGAAAUCACCAAGCACAGCUUCAAAGGCAAUCAUUGGCACAGAGUGGACCUGAACUUCUAAUAAAGACUGUUUAUUUGAGCAAGGAAACCAGGAGUCUAAAACCAAAUCAAAAAUAAACACUACAUAGAGACAAUAUACUCCAAAUAUACUCGAAGCUGAGCUUCUGUACUGAGUCCUCAGAUCUGAUGCUGGCUUUGCCAUGGCUGGUAUAUGACCCUGGGCAGGCUACUCAAACUCUGUUUGCUCAUCAAUUAAAUGGAGAUAAUAUUUAGGAGGAUUCAAUGAAUUCAUAUUAAAGGACUUUUAUUGUU